GAGAGGAGGGAGAGAGAAGAGAGGGAGAGAGAGAGAGAGAGAGAGAGAGAUAGAGAGAGAAGAGAGAGAGAGGAGAGAGAGAGAGAGAGAGAGAGAGAGAGAGAGAGAGAGAGAGAGAGA